GCUAGGCCUUCUCCUCUUGCAGCUGAACUUUCUCUGCCUUCCCUGCAGCUGAGAUCACAGUGCCUUCACUUGGACCUGAGAUCUCUUCCUUCUGGAGCCCAGCCCUGUAGGUGCAGGUCCCAGGCCAGUCUCCUGCCCUGGGAUCCUUCUCCCUCCCCUGCUGAGUCUGCAGAAGACCAAGGCCUGGCCCAAGCAGGGAGCAUGGAACCAGAGGUAAUGGCUCCUGGGAGCUGCAGACCCCCACCCCAGGUGCUGGUGACAUUCCAGGAUGUGGCUGUAGACUUCACCCCAGAGGAGUGGGGCCUCUUAGACCAUCCUCAGAAGGAGCUAUACAAGGAGGUCAUGCUGGAGAAUGCCAGGAACCUGCUCUCCUUGGAAGGAGAGAUUAGACCUGAAAUGAGAGAGACUACAGAAAAGCUAAGGAUUUCUGUGAAAGAAACUCACAAAGAAAGCUACAUGUGUGAUGGUCCCUGUGACUUUACUGGGAGAAAAAUCUGUGCUGUAUUUCGCAGAAUCCACACAGAAGAGAAACCUUAUGAUUGUCUUCGUUGUGGGAAAGACAUGAAUCAACAGUCAACCCUGAUUUGCCAUCAAAAAAUUCAUGCUGGAGAGAAAUCAUAUGAGUGUCAUAAAUGUGGUGAACCUUUCAGUGAACACUCAUCCUUCAUUAUUCAUCACAGCAUUCACGGUGACAAGAAAACUUAUGAAUGUAAUCAGUGUGGGAAGGCUUGGAGUUACAGCUCUAGUCUUGCUGUACAUCAAAGCAUCUGCACUGGACAGAAACCAUAUGAAUGUGAUAAAUAUGGAAAGGCGUUCACACAGAGUUCGAACCUUACUCAACAUCAGAGAAUAAACAAUGGUGAGAAACCUCAUGAAUGUAAUCAUUGUGGAAAAGCAUUCAGAUUUAAAAGCAAUCUUACUGUACAUCAGAGAAUCCACACUGGGGAGAAACCUUAUGAAUGUAAUCAAUGUGCAAAGGCUUUCACACAGAGCUCCAAACUUGCUGCACAUCAGAGAAUUCACACUGGGGAGAAACCUUAUGAAUGUAAUCAAUGUGCAAAGGCUUUCACACAGAGCUCCAACCUUGCUGUACAUCAGAGAAUCCACACUGGGGAGAAACCUUAUGAAUGUAAUCAGUGUGGAAAGGCUUUCAGAAUCAACUCUAAACUUGCUUUACAUCAGAGAAUCCACACUGGGGAGAAACUUUAUGAAUGUAAUCAAUGUGCAAAGGCUUUCACACAGAGCUCCACACUUGCUGCACAUCAGAGAAUCCACACUAGAAAGAAGCUUUAUGAAUGUGAUCAGUGUGGAAAGGCUUUCAGAGAGAAAUCCAAACUUGUCCUACAUCAGAGAAUCCACACUGGGGAGAAGCCUUAUAAAUGUAAUCAAUGUGGAAAGGCUUUCACACAGAGCUCCAGUCUUACUGUACACCAGAGAAUCCACAAUGGGGAGAAACCUUAUGAAUGUAAUCACUGUGGAAAGGCUUUCACAACCAACUCCCAACUUGCUCGACAUCAGAGAAUCCACACUGGGGAGAAACCGUAUGAAUGUAAUCAAUGUGGAAUGGCUUUCACACAGAGCUCCAGUCUUGCUACACAUCAGAGAAUCCACACUAGUAAGACACUUCAUAGAUGUGAUCAGUGUGGAAAGGCUUUCAGAGAGAACUCCAAACUUGCCCUACAUCAGAAAAUCCACACUGGGGAGAAACCUUAUGAAUGUAAUCAGUGUGGAAAGGGUUUCACACAGAGUUCCAAACUUGCUCGACAUCGGAGAAUCCACACUGGGGAGAAACCUUAUGAAUGUAAUCAAUGUGCAAAGGCUUUCACACAGAGUUCCAAUCUGGCUGUACAUCAGAGAAUCCACACUGGGGAGAAACCUUAUGAAUGUAAUCAAUGUGGAAAGGCUUUCAGAAUCAACUCUAAACUUGCAGUACAUCAGAGAAUCCACACUGGGGAGAAACCUUAUGGAUGUAAUCAAUGUGCAAAGGCCUUCACACAGAGCUCCACACUUGCUGCUCAUCAGAGAAUCCACACCAGAAGGAAACUUUAUGAAUGUGAUCAAUGUGGAAAGGCUUUCAGAGAGAAAUCCAAACUUGCCCUACAUCAGAGAAUCCACACUGGGGAGAAACCUUAUAAAUGUAGUCAGUGUGGAAAGGCUUUCACACAGAGCUCCAGUCUUGCUGUACACCAGAGAAUCCACAAUGGGAAGAAACUUUAUGAAUGUAAUCAAUGUGGAAAGGCUUUCAGAAUCAACUCUAAACUUGCAGUACAUCAGAGAAUCCACACUGGAGAGAAACCGUAUGAAUGUAAUCAAUGUGGAAAGGCUUUCACACAGAGCUCCAGUCUUGCUACACAUCAGAGAAUCCACACUAGAAAGAAACUUUAUAAAUCUGAUCAGUGUGGAAAGGCUUUCAGAGAGAAUUCCAAACUUGCCCUACAUCAGAGAAUCCACACUGGAGAGAAACCUAAUGUGAUAAAACCUUUUACGUAGACUCUUACUUUACUAUACAAAUGUGAUGCAAGCAAAGCCCAAGAAACGUAAUUUCUUGAUUUGAUUAAUUAUUGCUAGUGAAUAGUUAACAAAAAAUUGUUGUUUAGCUCUCUCCUGUAAACCAAAGAUGAAACAUGGAGGCUUCUCAACACUUAUAUGCCUUAGAUAAGUGGGUGUAGCUAGCAGGCAUGAAACAAUUCUGAUUGGUUAAAACUUAAUGAGAAUGAGUAUUAUAAUGAGAGGUGGACUUAUUCUACUGAGAGGCUGGGCGAUAUGGCUGAUGACUCCAUCUUAGACAGAGAGACUUAUCUCUAUCCAGAUCACCCUUACCUAGUGCAGUCUAGACCGAAGGGGAAUCCACUUCCCCUCAGACCUUUCUGACUAAAACACAGUGGGCCUGAAUUCACCUAGACUAAAAUCUCUUUAUCUUUUGGUCAGAUCUAAACUUUCCCUGUUGGCUAAGUCUUGUCCAAGAUUUCAUCUCAUCAUUAUCCCUGCCUUUCAAAGCUUAGCUGAACCACCUAAAGGACUGAUUUCUGAAUGAGGAAAUAGAAA